GGAGUUAACCGCGGAGUCGGCGGACGGGAGAGCGCGGGGAUCCUGCGCGCGAGCCCGGCGCAGCCGACGGGGGCGCACGGGGGCGCGCGAAGGCAGGCGCGGGGAUGGAGGACGGCGUGGCCGGGCCCCGGGUCGGGGCGGCGGCCGAGGCUGCCGAGGCGCGAGCGGGGCCCGGGGUGACGCUGCGGCCCUUCGCGCCCUUCUCGGGGGCGGCCGAGGCCGACGAGGGCGGCGGCGACUGGAGCUUCAUCGACUGCGAGAUGGAGGAGGUGGACCUGCAGGACCUGCCCAGCGCCACCAUCGCCUGCCACCUGGACCCGCGCGUGUUCGUGGACGGCCUCUGCCGGGCCAAAUUUGAAUCCCUCUUUAGGACAUAUGAUAAGGAUAUCACCUUUCAGUAUUUUAAGAGCUUCAAACGAGUCAGAAUAAACUUCAGCAACCCCCUAUCUGCAGCAGAUGCCAGACUCCAGCUACAUAAGACGGAAUUUCUCGGAAAGGAAAUGAAAUUAUAUUUUGCUCAGACUUUACACAUAGGAAGUUCACACCUGGCUCCACCAAAUCCAGACAAGCAGUUUCUGAUCUCUCCUCCUGCCUCUCCGCCGGUGGGUUGGAAACAAGUGGAAGACGCUACUCCCGUCAUAAAUUAUGAUCUAUUAUAUGCUAUCUCCAAGCUAGGGCCAGGGGAAAAGUAUGAAUUGCACGCAGCCACCGACACCACUCCCAGCGUGGUGGUCCAUGUAUGUGAGAGCGACCAGGAGAACGAGGAAGAAGAUGAGAUGGAAAGAAUGAAGAGACCCAAACCAAAAAUUAUCCAGACCCGGAGGCCAGAAUACACGCCUAUCCACUUAAGCUGAGCUGGCACCGGGACGAAGAAGUAAUCCAAGUCAUACUCACGGGGAGGAAUCUUUUACUGUGGAAGUGGCCGGUCACAACUUUGGAGGUGGCAGCCGUGAUCGCUGUGGCAGAAAUUCCAGUUCAUGUUGCUCAAGAGAGAAUCAAGGCUUUGUCUCCUGGUUCUAAUGCUGCGCAUCCGUCAAUGUUCACGGCUCCCGGGAAUGUCCUGGGCCAAUCACUGAGUCUGGGGUGAUCGCACAAGGACAUUUGGGAAUGUCUCGAGAAAACUGAUAACAGUAGUGUUUUGUACUUGUUCUUUUCUAGUAGGUUCUGUUUUUGCCAAGGGCAGGGUGAUCAAUGGGUCCGGGGAGAGCCUUCUGUUUCUAACCAGCCCACGGGUUAGACUCUCUCUACUGGUAGGAAAAGGCACUGCGUGAAGCGACGAAGUGUCUGGUGCAGAAAGGUUGUGAAAACAACAACACAAUGUGGGAAUUGUGGUGUUUCCUUUUUUUCCCUCAUGUUCUAAUGUUUGUGCAUGUAUAUAACUGAUUUUCACAACUAACCUUUGUUCGUGUAUAGAGUUCCGCCAUUGUUUUACAUCUUUUGGGAAGCUAGGAAAGCAUUUGAAAAAGCUAUCACCUUUCCAGAUUGAUGACUCUCUUUGCAACAGCACUCACACGUGGAAUUCUACCUGGAAUACACUCAGUCAGCAUCCUGUCUGAUGCAACCUACAACCAGUGCUUUGGCAAAAGAAGUCAAUCUGAAAUUCCUCCGUAGAGUUUCGCUUGUAAAAUUCAGAGAACCACAGUUUCACUGCCAACUUUUCGUGGGUGAGACAUUUUAGUUUAGAUGUUUUGGGUAGGACGUCGGUUUCAUUGAUUUCUUUCACGUGGUGGUUAAAUCCAUGACUCAUAGCCAAAAACCUUUUAGGAGGAUCUGUCGGUUGAGAUAGUUGAAUUUUCACCCCACUAAAAACAUCAAGAUAAACUUGUAAAUAAAGCCAAUAGCAUAUAUUCAUACCUGUUGUGCACUUGGGUGAAGAGUAUGGCAGUGGAAAAAUAGUGUAAGAUGUAUUAACCCACCUGUGAAUUGUACGUCGUAGAAAUGUUUGGCAGGACUUGAAUUCAAAGCAUGUGAAGUGGAUAGUCGAUUGUGGUGACAUGAGAGAGAUGCAGUGCCUUUCCCCAUUAAUUCCUGAUGGAAUUGUUACACUAGGUUAACGUUUGUAAUUUUUUUCUAGUUGUAACGUGUAUGUCUGGUAAAUAGGUAUCAUAUUUUGGCCUUACGAUAUCAUAACAGAAUUUGUCCUUUUGAAAUACCUAAUGCUGGAUAACAGUGCAUGCUUUGGAAAUUUGGAAGAUGGUGUCCUUUAAGAAGCAAAUACAUUGGUGGUUCAUAUCAAGAAAUUGACUGAACGUUCUCAAAACCCUGUUUACAGAACUUGGCGGGUGGGGUAGGGCAGGUGAGGGAAAGACCAUUGCAUAGCUGGUCAAGUGUUCCUAGUGAAGUGCUUUUAAACUGGAGAGGCUAACCUCAAAAUAUUUUUUUUAACUGCAUUCUGUUAUAAUAAAUCAACACAAUAUGCUCUUUAUGGAA